AUGUCUAGUCUAUGUCGUUAUGAUAGUGUAGAUAGAGAAACAGAUUUGGGGAAUACCGAUUCAGACGGGAUUUACAUUGAUGUACGGACAGGUUUGACAAGCACUCGAAAACCGGGUUCCCAUUUAUCAGGUAGUUUGCUCCAAACUUCUAACGAAUAUGGUGAAACAUCUGCUGGCUUUCAACGUACUGCAUCAGCACAGACCACAUUACGUGAAGCAACCCGAAUACUUUCCACAAUGCCUCGAGGUAACAAUUCAGAAGCAACAGGUUUAUCAUCAGCACCAACACCAUUGAUGAUGCUACCUGCUGGUGGUAGCAGUGUUGCCAUGGAUGAUGAUGAUGAUGAUGAUGAUGAUAACGGUAGUAGAUAUCAUGACAAGAAGGUUGAUUUGUUUUUGAGACUCUCUACCUAA